AUGCGGAGGAUACUGGCAGGCAACAAGGAUCUGCAUUAUCCUGGGAGACAAGAACACAGUACUGCCAGUGUCAUUGGAAAAGAGGCGUCUGACGCAGAACUGAGCAAGUCAAGCGAUUCUGAACUUGAUGGAGAGGCAGAGGCGGGGUUGAGGUCUGAUUACAGCAGUAGUAGUGAAGGCGUUGUACAGCGUAACUCUGCCGGGUCUGAAACAAGAAGGCUGGUUCCAAGCGACUCGGUAGUCAGUGACAUCAGCACAUUCGACAUGGAUAGUAAUGACAACUUUAAGGUGGUCAUCAGGGUCAGACCUCCGGUCGAGAGGGAGCUGGAGGGGGAAAAGCAGUUCCAAAACAUUGUUGCUGUAAAUACAGAAGCAAACAUCCUUACAGUGUCGGAGAACAUAGCAGCAAUGUCGGCAGCAGAGCGGGCAGGAAAUCCAGGUGACGCUGUGAUUCAUCCAACGCAUUCUUUUGCAUUCGAUCACGUCUACGACCAGAACACUCCACAAAAGCACAUAUACGACAACUCAGCAAAAGCUGCAGUGCUGUCAACAUUGAAAGGCUACAACGCAACUAUCAUAGCUUACGGACAAACGGGGACAGGAAAGACGUACACUAUGGAAGGCAACUCCACACCAGAGGGGCGAGGAAUCAUUCCACGGUCGAUCGAGGAUAUCUUCUAUUUCAUCGAGAACGACACCACUGCUAGGUCGAAGUAUCUUGUCCGAGCGUCAUACCUCCAGAUCUACAACGAGGUCAUCAGCGACUUGCUGAAGCCGGAGCGCACAAACUUGACCAUCCGUGAGGACAAGAAGAAGGGGGUGUUCGUCGAAGGGCUCUCCGAGUGGGUCGUUCGGUCGCCCGCUGAGAUCUACGGGCUGAUGGAACGUGGAGCUGCGCAGCGUGCUGUCGGCUCCACGAACAUGAACGAGUUGAGCAGUCGCAGUCACGCCGUCUUCAUCAUCAUCGCUGAGAACUCCGUCAUCAAAGACGUGGAUCAAGGGGCCGAGAAGGUUGCGGACCAAGAGAUGGCAAAAACCAGACAGAGUUUCAAGGUCGGAAAGCUGAACCUGGUCGAUCUGGCCGGCUCCGAGCGCGUCCGCGUGACGGGCGCCACCGGCAAGCGGCUGGAGGAGAGCAAGAAGAUCAACCAGUCGCUCUCGUGCCUGGGCAACGUCAUCUCCGCGCUGACGGAAUCCAAGGGGCAACGUCAGCACAUCCCGUACCGGGACUCGAAGCUGACGCGCAUCCUGGAGGACAGCCUGGGCGGCAACUGCAAGACGACCAUGAUGGCCAUGAUCUCGCCCGCGCUCGAGUCGCUGAGCGAGACGCUGUCGACGCUCAAGUUCGCGAACCGCGCCAAGAACAUCAAGAACGAGGCCAAGAUCAACGAGGACCUGGACCAGAAGACGUUGCUGCGCAAGUACGAGCGCGAGCUGAAGAAGCUGCGCGACGAGCUGCAGCAGCGCAGCCGCAACCUGGUGGACAAGCGGCGUCUGCUGGAGCUGGAGGAGCAGAAGCGGCGCGCGGAGGAGGACAAGCUGCAGGCCAUCACGGAGCUGGAGGCACGGAGCAAGGAGUUCAUGAACGAGAAGCUGGAGAAGCAGAAGUUGGAGGAGCGGAUCCAGAGCAUGCAGAGCCAGCUGCUGAUCGGAGGGCACAAGAUCGAGGACACGCCGGCGUUCCGCUCGCUUCUCCAGCAAGAGCACAAGCGUAUCCGGACGGAAUACGAGCAGCGGCUGGCGGAACUGGAGAAGGAGCGACACACUGUGGAGGAGGACAAGGCGCAGGUGGACCGGUACAAGCAGCUGCUGUUGAAGCAGCGUGACAUCAUGAUCGCGCUCACGGCGCGGCUCAACGAGCGGGACGACCAAAUCAUCAGCCUGCAGGAGGAGCUGGAGGCGUACGACAGGCAUCAGCGGAAGCUGGAGGACGCCCUGGACCAGAAGACGGCGGAGCUGAUCCACCUGCGCAAGGCCGCAAUGGACUUCUACGCGAGCACGCCGCGGAAUGCCGGCGAGAAGGUGAUCAACACCCAGUUGAUGAGCGCGCUGGGCGUGUGGGGCGACAACCACGAGGAGAAACUAGCGGUGCAGGAAAACUGGCUGGCGGACCUGGACGCCACGGGCGCGGGCGCGGCCGCGAUGGCCGCGCGCGUGGAGGGCUUCGCGCGCGCGCUGGGGCUGCCGGGCGGCGAGACGGCGGAGCGGGUGACGACGUUCGUGAGGAAAGAAGUGGAGGAGCUGAGGAAGAAGUACAGCGAGGUGCUGGGUAUGAUGAAAAUUGAGUUGCGGCUGAGCAGCGAACGGAUCGUGGACGACAAGGAGCAGAUCCAGGGGUUGAAGGCGGAGAUCGAGAAGCUGCAGAAGCGGCUGACGUCAGCGGAGCCGCGGGCGACGUCAGCGCAGGCGGGCGGCGAGGUGGAGGCCUUGCGGGAGGCGCUGCGGGAGGCGCGGAGAGAGGUGGCGGAGCUGCGGAAGGAGCGGAACGCGGCGGAACAGGGCCCGGCCGGGGAGAUGGAGUCGAAGCUAGAGUCGGUGCGGCUGCAGUACGGCCAGUUUCGGCAGGACGUCACGGCGCGGCUCGAGGAGAAGAACCGGCAGAUCAAGCGGCUGGAGGAGGAGAACCAGACGCUGACAGGUGGCGGGCCCUCGGAGCAGCACGUGGCUGCGCUGAGGGAGCAGUGCCGGACGCACACCAAGGAGCGGACGGCCCUGAUGACGAUCUUGGACAGCAAGGUUCGGACGCUAGUGGAGAGCAUCGCGCGGACGCUGGGCGAGCUACCGGGGGAGGUCGCGGACGCGCACCCGGCGCGCUUCGCGCGCGAGGUGCACGCGCUGGAGAAGCUCGUGGGGGCAACGAUCCAGGCGAUGAAAGGGGCGGAGGAGGCGGAACGGGCGGCGCGAUGA